GCAUGUAGCUCAUCUAUGUAGAUCUUGGUCUGCCGCAGAUCACCCCGCUAUAGUUAAUCAUACCCCACAUUUCCCAUUGCAGCUAUGUAGCAGCUAGUUGUACCUACCUCAUCUCGAUGUGAACGCCAUCCAUUCCCCCGAGCGCUCUGCACAUAUAUAAAAACCCACCUCCUAACCCACCCCCAAUUCCCCAACACAUGAUCCACAACAAUGUCGCUCCUAACCCCCAAGAAAAUCCUCGCAAUCGACCUCUACGGCACGCUCCUGUCCACCUCCUCGAUAGCACCAAAACUCGCCUCGCACCUCCCCGACACCCCGCACCGCUCCACGCUCGCAGACACGAUUACCACAGACUGGCGCAAACUCCAGCUGGAGUACACCUGGCGGCUGAACUCUAUGGAGAAAUACAUCCCCUUCUCAACCGUCACCCGCCUCUCGCUCCUCGACGCACUGCACAGCGCAAACGUGACCCUCUCCCCCGCAGCGGUGGAAGACGUGCUGGCCGCGUACGAUCAACUGGCUCCGUUCGACGACGUAGCAGCACUGCUGGAUGCGCUGGCUACGCUAGCCGCAGUGCGCAAGAGCGGGGGCGGGGAGGAAGCUGUGGUUGAUGCGGUAGUGUUCACGAACGGGACUGAGGCGCAGUUUCGCGCUGCCACUGCUGCUGCCACUGCUGCUGCAAGUAAGAACGGUGAGGGGCUGGGUGGGCUGGGUGAGCUGUGGGAGUUGCGCUGUAUCAGCGUUGACAGCGCUGGUGACGGUGUGGGUGGGGGGACAGGGAAGUGCUUCAAACCCCAUCCCGCGGCGUAUACGCAUCUGCUUAGGGAGCUGGGAGUGCCCGCUGGUACUGGUGCUGGUGGGGCGAGCAGCGCGGUCCUCGUCAGUGCGAAUCCGUUUGACAUCGUGGGCGCAAGGAGUGUGGGCAUGCUUGCGGUUUGGGUCGACCGCGAGGGGAGCGGGUGGAGUGAUGGGCUGGGGACGCCGAGUGUGAGCGUGAGGGGCUUGGGGGAGGUGGUGGCGUGGGUUGUGGAGCAGAUGAAGACUCAGACUCAGACUUAGACUUAGAUGGUGUAGGCUGUGGAGUCUGGAGGGAGGGAGGGCGUGGUGGGCGUGGUAGAUGUGGGGGGUGCAAUUGUUGAUAGGUAUCACGAGCACCUGGCAAGGGUGAGUGAUGUUGCUAUAUAGUGUGAUGUUGCUAUAUAAUACAGCCCGUAGAUGAGAGUGCCAUGAAAUCGGUGGUGGCGGUGGUGGCAGUUCUACUUCGAA